AGAAGAAGAAUCCUGUUUUAGCUGGUCUUUAGUCAGAUUUAACCGACAGCAGCUGACCUGCACACUUGUCGAACUCGUCCCGAGCUGCCUCUGACCCGCCGGGCCUCCUUCUCCUCUCCUCACCGCGUACCAGCCACCAUCAGCCGGCCAUGGCGCAGCGGAAGUUCUUCGUGGGAGGAAACUGGAAGAUGAACGGGAACAAGGAAAGUCUGGGAGAGCUCAUUAACACCCUGAACACCGCCAGCCUGCACGACCAGACCGAGGUGGUCUGCGGCGCUCCUUCCAUCUAUCUGGACUUCGCUCGGUCCAGUCUGGAUCCCAGGAUCGGUGUUGCAGCCCAGAACUGUUACAAGGUGGCCAAAGGAGCGUUUACAGGAGAGAUCAGUCCAGCUAUGAUUAAGGACUGUGGGGUCGACUGGGUGAUCCUUGGGCACUCGGAGCGCCGUCAUGUGUUCGGAGAAAGUGACGAGCUGAUUGGACAGAAGGUGACUCACGCUCUGGAGAGUGAUCUGGGUGUGAUCGCCUGCAUCGGGGAGAAGCUGGAGGAGCGCGAGGGAGGCACCACGGAAGAAGUCGUCUACGCUCAGACGCAGGUCAUCGCAGACAACGUUAAGGACUGGGGGAAAGUGGUGCUAGCGUAUGAACCAGUGUGGGCCAUUGGCACAGGAAAGACGGCCACACCUGAGCAGGCUCAGGAGGUCCAUGAGAAGCUGAGGGCCUGGAUCAGAGCAAACGUCUCGGACGAUGUGGCCGACUCUUUGCGCAUCAUCUACGGAGGUUCGGUCACUGGAGUGAACUGCAGAGAGCUGGCGUCUCAGGGCGACGUGGACGGCUUCCUGGUGGGCGGAGCCUCUCUGAAACCCGAGUUUAUCGACAUCAUCAACGCACGCGCAUAAAACAACAGGACCAACGAAAACCACGCUGCCCUUUAGUUUGUCACGUGUCACCUUGUGUAUGCGGAGUGGGCUGACUGGACAGAUGUGUGUAUUUAAUUAGCAAAAUAUGUGUUGAAUAAUUAAAUACAGGUAAAUGUCAGUAUUUUAUUCUUGUUUUACUAUGAUUUGUGGGACUUCAGUUCGCUUACUUGCCACUUUUUCCUUUUUUCCUUUUUACAUGAUGGAGACAGUGUUGAGGGAUCAAGUACCAUUAACUUAAUUUUUAGUGUGUUUACACCUGGAAAAUUAGAUAACUUUUUGUAUUAGUUACUGAUAUUUUCAGCCGCUUUAUGUCCCAGAGCGAAAUUAAGAAGGGAAAGUAAGUGAUCUUUAAUUGUGACAUUUUUCCUGAGACAUGGAGACAAACAGCGUCAUCUGCUGUUAAUCAGAGGGGAAAUGAUGCGUGUUACUUCCAGUAGAGGGUCAGUCAGCCCAGCUUGUUUUGUGUGUUUGCUAACAGACUGAUCACACCACUGCACUAACUGUUACUGUAGGGUCUUUACAAGAAAGAAUGUAUUGAAAUGUAUAUUGCAAAGACAAAAUAUAAGAGAAUCAGGGAGUUUUAUUGUGAUGUUGCAAUCAGUUGGCACUACAGAUUUCUGUAGUUGAACACUGACUGAAUGGACCAACAUAAGGAGUGAACAAAUAAACUGUGGGAAAAGUCCAGUU